GUAUGAAUGACGUCACAUCUUAAACGAAAGCGUCAAAAACGCAGAGAACAUUCGCUAUUAAACCAUCGAUUUUUCGCCGUAUAUUUAUUGAUUUUUGCUCUUAAUUUAAAAUAGUAGUGUUGUUGAUGUAUUAGAGACCAUGGGAGCAGCAUUAGGAGCCUUAGGAGGACUUGCAAGUUGUGCUUCUUGUGCUUCUUGUUUGAGCAGCCUCGCUCCAGUUGCUGCAUGUUGCUGUGGUUCCUCGGCAUGCUUCUGCUGUUGUGCCCGUUGCCCGUCUUGCAGGAAUUCUACAGCCAGCAGGAUUGUUUACACCAUUUUUCUCUUCCUUGGCACUUUGGUAUCAGCCAUUAUGUUGGCUCCAGGGAUAAGGGACAAGCUUGACAAAAUACCACAUUUUUGUAAUAACAAAUACCUCCACACCAAUGAAGAUGUGUGUAACAGCAUGGUGGGGUAUUUGGCUGUGUAUAGGGUGUGCUUUGGGAUGGCUGCCUUCUUCUUCCUUAUGGCUGUUAUCAUGUUCAAAGUGUCAUCUAGCAGGGAUCCCAGAGCAAAAUUCCAGAAUGGAUUCUGGUUUGUAAAGUUGGCACUUCUCAUUGGGCUCAUGGUUGCUGCAUUUUUCAUUCCAAGGGGUGACUUUGGACAAUACUGGAUGUAUUUUGGUAUGAUUGGUGGAUACCUUUUCAUCAUUCUACAACUGAUUCUGCUGAUUGACUUUGCCUAUAGUUGGAGUGAGUCUUGGGUUGAAAGAUAUGAAACAACAGGAAACAAGAGGUGGUACUGGGGUCUGGUGAUAGUAACAAGUGGAAUGUACAUUAUCUCUGUUGGUGCUAUUGUUUGUUACUUCUACUUCUACACCACGACUGACGGCUGCAAGAACAACAAAUUUUUCAUCAGUUUCAACCUAUGCCUGUGUCUUGUUGUAUCCGUCAUUGCUGUUAUACCAAAAGUACAGGAAGCCCAACCAUCCUCUGGAUUACUUCAGGCAGGAUUGAUAACCUUGUAUACUAUGUAUCUGACAUGGUCUGCUAUGUCUAAUGAGCCAGAUGAAUUGUGCAAUCCAAGUGGGCAUCUUUUCACAGAAGAAGGAGAGCAUCCUAUUCCAACAAUGAGUGGACACACAGUUAUUGCUGCUCUCUUGAUGUUUGUGAUGGUUGUGUACUCUUGUGUAAGGACAAGCAGUUCUUCUCAAAUUGGAAGUAUUGGCCUUCGCUCAAGCAGCCACAUGGAGGAGACUCUUCUUCCUGACUGCAAUCAAGAUGCUGAAACAGGUGAGAGUGAAGAAGACAAGCCAAAGCACCAGAAAGUGUAUGAUGAUGAAGCUAUUACUGUUACAUAUAACUACUCCUUCUUCCACUUCACCUUCUUCUUGGCAUCUCUGUACAUUAUGAUGACACUCACCAACUGGUACAGUCCCCAGGGCACAGACUUCAACAAAUUGACGAGCAGCUGGGCCACUGUGUGGGUCAAGAUGAGUUCCAGUUGGGUGUGUCUUGGACUGUAUGCAUGGACCCUGCUUGCUCCUGUCAUGUUCCCUGAUCGAGAUUUUGGGCACUAAAUAUUACUGGGGAUGAGAAGCAUGCCUGUCUCACUUCUUUUGAAUAUGCACAUGCUACCAGGGCACUCUUAGCUUCAUUAGAUAUUAUGUCAGCUUAAUAUGCCAUAAUAUUUAAAGUUAACUCACUGUAUAUAGAAGUAGUAAUCUAAAAGGUAAAAACUGUGUAUGUAGUAAUGGAUCAAUGUCGGUUUUAUAUUUUAUUUGUUUCGUUUUGUUUUAUUAAUUUUGUUGUUGUUUUGUUUUGUUUGGUAUUGUUUUGUGUGACUGUUUUGUUGUUGUAUAUAUAAUAGACGUAGCAAUAAAUUAAAAUAAAGAUUCUCCACAAUUUUAAUUACA